CUUUAAUUUCUAUCUUCCAAAAAAGCUAAUAAUGUACCUGUGUGUUUUUAUUCAAAUGCUUCAACCGUUUAUCAUCUAAAGCAUAAGUGCAACUUGUAGUAAUGGUUCUGAUCCCCUUUCCCUCUAAUUUCCUCGAAGAUUUUCGCUGGCUUCGCCAUCUUGCUUUGUGCUGUCUGGUUGAUUCCUGUAUAUGAUUACCAUUCAAGCACAAGCGUCUCCGAUGACCAGAGGUGCGUCAGCCAGGUUGCAAGCCGGUUUCCCCUUAGCACAGCUAGGACAGCCUGUGCACGCGCUUUGCAGACGCCCGCGGACUUUACCGCUUAUUCUGCAAUAAGCACUUCCUCUUCGGCUACCUUAACUACAACAACUUGUGUCGCUACUGUUUAAGGAUAGCGAAGAACUAGAACUGCACAUAUUUUGGACGGUGUGCUCAAUCAGACCGGCUGCGUGAUGACGCAGCAAGUCGACGCUGUCGUAAGUGACGAGGUCGCUGGUGGGGAUGUGAUUCGUAAGAAGGUCGACGAAUUGUCCCUAGAUGAAAUCAAGGCCGAACUUGAGAGACGCAAGUUGGAUUUCAGCGGAGAUGAUUACGCGAUUCUGCAUGAACGAUUGACCGAUUCAAUGAUAGAGGAGGGACUCGAUCCGGGAGUAUACGAAUUCGAACUCGAAGCUGAGGAGGAUGACGAAGAGGACGAUGACGAUUCGGCUCCUACAGCCGACCAGAUUGACAGUAGGAACGUCAACGAGAACAACAAUAUCAAAACGGCGAAUGAAAACAGUUCAAGUAAGGGAAAGGAGUCGCCAGCCGUAGUCAACAAUAACAACAAUACGAAUAACAGCUCAUCAAACAAUAGUUCGACGGCAAGCACGAAAAAGAAAGAGCUGCCUGCACCAAAGAAGCCCACUGCGCCAGUACAGUAUAAAGAAGUACCUGGUAACCAUCUGUGGGUUAGUGGUUUGUCAUCGCGCUGCAAGGCUGCAGAUCUAAAAAAGUUUUUUGCGCGCUAUGCCAAUGUUGGUUCAGCAAAGAUCGUUGCUAAUGCACGCACCACCAGUGCUCACUGCUACGGCUAUAUCACUGUUGAAAGUCCUGCCGAUCUCGAAAAGUGUGUUCAGAAGCUGCACAGUACCCGGUUUGAGGGGAGUUUCAUUCGAGUCGAGAUAUGCAAGCUUGCCCCUGCCGAUCAGUUGAGGAAGGUCGAGAUGAAAAACCGUGAAAGACUGGCCCAACAGAAGGAAGAGUUUCGUAAGCGUCAAGAGGAACGCAAAAAGAAAAUUGACGAAGAGCUUAAGCGCCGCGAAGAACAGCAUCGGCGUGAUGAAGAAAAACGCAAAGAGAUCGAGAAAAAACGCGAAGAGGAACGAAAGAAGCGUCGUGAGGAAGACGUGAAGAAGGACCACAAAAAAGAUGACCGCAAGCCGCCGGAGCGCAGAAGGACGCGAUCCCGAUCUCCUGUAGAACGCCGCAGGCCCGAGCCGUUCAGAAGACAGGAGCCUGUACGUCGCUCUGCGGGACCCCCAUUGCCACGGAGAUUUAAUUCACCAGCAGCGCAUCGUCGAGGCUCACCACCGUAUUCUCGGGGCCGUCCCAGGCGGAUGAGCCCUCCUUCACCAUUUAAUCGUGGAGCGCCUCCCCCACCAUUUGUGCAUGGACCGGUCGUUAUGGAACGCAUGCCGCCAAUAGAUCGUAACCGUGUAAUCGAACGUGAUCGACGACUCGAAGAGGAGCGUUUCGAGGUGGAGAGACGGCAGCGCGCUGAGGCCGAUGCUCUUGAGCGGGAACGUCGCCAGCUACGAAUGGAAGAAGAACGAUUGGAACGGGAGAAGCUUGACUUGAUCCGCCUGGAGAGAGAGCGCGUUAAAAAGGAAAUGGAGGAAGUAGCGGCCCGUAAAGAAAUGGCGGAACGCCGUCGUCAAGAGGAGCUUCGACGUCAGCAGGAAGAAGAACGAAAACGUGAAGAAUUGCGCCUGGAGAUGGAGAGACGGCCGCGAGAGAUGCCUCGACCGCCAAUGCCAUCGCCCGCACAAGCUCCUAUUGAGCUUUAUGAUCCCCGCCUACCUCUACCAGUCGACGACUACGGUCGCGGUCAAGCUGAAGAUAAAUUUGGUAGCAGACUUGGCCCGCCAUUACAGAGGGAUCAAGCUGGCGGUCGCCAUGAUGAUCGGCGUAGAGAUGAACGUCGCCGAGAGCCACCAAUGAGUCGUGACGAUAGAAGACCACCCGAACAGCUCGAUCCGUGGAAUUCUUCGGAGCUGAAGAGAAGCAGUGCAGGUGACUACCUCGACCAGCAUCCACAGCACGCGCAACACCCGUCUCGACACGAUUCUCAGCUGGGUCCGCCACCUAAGAGAAUGAGAUCGAGAUCACCUCCUCCACAACGAUCGGCCAGCAGCAACUCCGGUUAUGGGGUUCUUUCUGCAGCUGAUUAUAGCAUUGGUCGUGGCCCAUCCGGAGGCGAUCCGUGGCCACCGCAAGGGUCAAGGGGACAGAUGAGCUCUAUGCCCUCUUCAAAUUUCCUUGAUUCGCGCAGGCCGGCACCGCCUCAGCUUCAAUCGCGCACUCCAGAAGUACCUUCAGGUGGUGGUCAGUGGUCGACGAACCCAGCGCGCGUUGCAUUUCCUCCUGCGUACGGACACCAGGAGUCAUCGAGGGGCCUCCUCGGCAGUUCAUCUGGCCCGUCUGCCAGUUCAUUUGGACUUGGAGCGCUGUCAUCUUCGGGCUUCAGGCGUUAUUGAGCUGCCAGUGUUGUAACACGGUAACAAGAAAGAUAUGACCAUCAUCAUCAUAGAUUACCGUGUUCCUAUUGACAGUAAAAAAUGGCGGUGUUUCAUGUUGUGGGUUGUGUGCAUAUGCCAGAUAAAGAGAACGGUGGGACCAAAAAGGCGAGAAGUUGGGACGCAGAAGAUCCUCAUCUUCUGGGGGUGGAAAGCGCUUGCUGUGAGGGUGUUACGAACGCACAACAAAUAGUCGAGGAAGGCAAGAUUGAAGCGGUGACUGACGCACAGACCAAAAAGGACGAGAAGUAUAUAUCGCUCUUUGCAUCAGCAGACAGGAAUCACCAGCCAGGAUCUUCAGAAGCGUUCUCUACUUGGUCCUUCGCGUCAACAACACAAUAUCGAUGCUUUCGGACGGGUAAGCUACCGGUGGAAAGCAUCGAUGCGGAGUAGGGAUAAAGCACCGACCCCUGUGUUACAUCUGAAUCGCAUUGCGAGGAAUUUAUUCUUAUUACAAAAGCUGGCAAAUUAUAAAUAAUAAUUAUUAUUAUUACGUUAAACUUAUUUAGAAUUAUAACAGGAAGAAAUUGUAAAAAAUUUGUUUGCUCGAAGAACAACUUCAUGUACUAAAUAAGAAAUAUAUGUUCAUGAUCAAUAAACAUAUAAAUGGAAAGAUUCCAUCAAAAUCCUACUGCUGUUAUUUACAUAUGAACAAACACAGGUAUAUCAUUGAAAGAUUGAUAGAGAAAAAUGUUAUGAUAGAAAAAAAAACAAAAAGUACGAAAUUCGCAUUACUCCAAAACUGUUCCAAUAAAAAUGUCAACUAAA